AUGAGUCCUUCACAAUUUCAUGCAAAGAAAGAAAUCACCCCAACCAUCACAAAAUCCAACAACAACGUUAAUGGAAUGUUACCACCAAAUUUGAAAAUCAAUAAAGAUUCUCAUUUCAUAAAAAAAUCAUCGCCAACAUCGUCACCGCCAUCGUCGUCAUCAUCAACAUCGUCUUCAAUGAUGAAUAGCAUGAUGGCAUCAAAUAAACCACCGCAACAACAUCGUCAUCCGGUAAUAAUUUACACACAUUCUCCGCGAGUCAUCCAUACUCACCCUAAGGAUUUUAUGGCAUUGGUGCAAAAGCUCACCGGGCUCUCUCGCUCGGAGGAAGAGGACGUAGGGAGCAGCAAUGUUGCCCCCUCAUCUCAAUUUCAGCCGAAGCAGGAGCCUGUGAGCCACAUUGGGAUGAUGGUGGGAGAAAAAGAGAAUGACCAAAAAAGGGUUGUUACCCUUAGAAAUGAGGACAAUGAGGCAUCGUCAUCGGUGACCACCGAUGAAAACAAUUGUGGUAACAAUAUUAGUGAAAAUCAGGUUAACUCGUGUUUCCUUACAUCCGAUGCACCAAUAUUUGAGCCUCCGUUGAACCCUAAUUACAUGUCAAACUUCUUGGCGUCGAGCUCGGCGGAGUUCAUGUACUCAAGUCAGCCAAUGUUGAAUUACUCAGAUUCAUUUUUCUCUAAUAACAUGAGGACCUCUACCACCUUGGGAGGGAUGAAAGAGUUUGGUGACUAUGGAUUAUAG